AUGCAGUCCUACAUUGGUGUGUUGGCACGCUCCAGAGUCCCACUUGUGGACAAGAAAUGGGCUGAAAUCCCCAAGGAUAUAAAGGAGCAGAUUUGGGAAGCCGUUGACAUGGCUUUUGUGGUAGGUCAAGGGGACAAGACCUCGGUGUUAUCUUCUGCUGCCAAGAAAUGGAAGGAUUUCAAGUCUACACUGACGAGGCAUUAUAUCCUUCCAUACAUCAAGGAGAGGGAGAAAUUAAGCCAACCCCCUGAAGUAUAUAAAUUCAUAGAGAAAGCAGAAUGGGAUGCCUUUGUAGCUUCAAGGUUAUCCAAAGAAUUUGAGUCUGUGCAUUCUCAACAUUCACAGAUUAGGGAGAAACUUGAGUACAAUCAUCGAUUGUCUCGAAAAGGAUAUGCUGGUUUGGAGGACCAAUUGGAGGAAACCAUGCCUGGGGUAGAAAUUGAUCGAUCUACCUUAUGGAAGAAAGCUAGACAGGACAAACAUGGUAACAUCCCGGAUCCAAAGGUGGCAGAGAAAGCAAAAUUAAUUGUAAGCCUACACACUCUGUUUUAA